UGAUUCAGAGACUCUUGUGACACCUGCACACUGUUUGUUGGUCUUUAGGCAGCUGACGAGAUGAGUUCUACCAAACCUUCACGUGAGAGCAACAGUUUAAUGUCAGGAGAUACCUUCAACAUUGUUCUGCUGGGACUAACUGGGACUGGAAAGAGUGCAUCUGGAAACACCAUCCUGACUGCUAUGGACCCCCAUCUGAAACCAAAGCAGCUUUUUGAAUCCCGGCCGAGCUCCAUACCAGUCACUACCAAGUGUCAGUUCCAAAUGAUACGUAGUCUUUAUGGCAGGCGGGUCAGAGUGGUCGACACCCCAGAUAUCUUGAAUGAUGAAAUAAACGAUCAGGUACAAGUAGAGGAGUGUAAGAAGUACUGUCAGCCAGGGCACUAUGUGGUGUUACUGGUGAUACAGAUGGGCCGGUUUACAGAAGGUGAGAAGGGAAUAUUAGAGAGGCUGGAGAUGAAGCUUGGCUGCCGAAUCAGGAAGAACACAAUCGUCCUGCUGACACAUGGAGAGAAAGCAAAAGACAAUGUUCAGAGUUUCAUUGAUGAACGCUCUCACCUCAGGUCCAUUAUAGGUGAAUGUGGAAAUCGCUGCCAUGUAUUCAAAAACAACUCCAAGAACCCUAAACAAGUCAAGAAGCUCUUCAAGAAAAUUCCAGAUUAUGAAACAAUCUUCCCAGAGUUCACAGAAAAGCGAUCAUGCACAGGCUGCGGUUUCGUUUAGCUUGAUUCAGACUGAACGUCCAAAUAACAAACUGCUUCCAGCCUCCGUGUACCAGUCUGUGCAAUGUUUGAAGUACAAGUGUGAUCUGUUGAUGCUGUGAACCUGCAGUUAAGGUGUCGUAUGUGUCAAGAUCUGGUUCUAUGUACAUACUUAUAUAUUUUAUGUGGUUAUACAUAAAAUGUCCUGAUGUUAAUUCAUUUAAGCUGUUUGAAAAUAGUAAGGAUGUAUAAGUCAGAUAAAAAGAAGGACAUUAAUUUCAUCACUGUGUGUUCUGUAUAGAGAAAAGUCCAAAACACAGCUGGGCAGCAGUCCUGCUGUGUUAUGUAAAAUGGUUUUGUUAAUCUACUGUACAAAUUUAGGAAAAUGAUAAAUAUACUGUUUAAUUUCUGCUUUUUCUGUGAUUGAUGUUCAUACAAAACUAGAUUAAUCAAUGAGCUUAUUAAGGGAAUGCAGUGAAUAAUAAAACUAAACUUAAUGCAUCA